AUCCCCGGCAGCAGGCUGCGCUCCUACGGGCGAACUAGGGGCUGGAAUAAACUCGCGUCUCUACGGUGUCCCGGAAGGGUCGGUUCUGUAGUGGGAAGGCGUCACCUAUAGGAUACCACUGCUCUAGGCCCUUCCGUCCCGUCGCCGGAAGAAGCCGUUUUCCGGAGCGACUACGACGUCCGGUUUUCUGAGUGUGGCGGCGGGAAAGGCCAUGAGCAAAGGCCGGGCGGAAGCUGCGGCGGGAGCCCCCGGGCUCCUCCUGAGGUACCUCAAGGAGCAGAACCGGCCCUACAGCGCCCAGGAUGUGUUCGGGAACCUGCAGCGGGAACACGGACUGGGAAAGGCGACGGUGGUGAAGGCGCUGGAGCAGCUGGCCCAACAAGGCAAGAUCAAAGAGAAGACGUACGGCAAACAGAAGAUAUAUUUUGCGGAUCAGGACCAGUUUGACAUGGUGAGUGAUGCUGACCUCCAAGGCCUGGAUGCGAAAAUCGUGGCCCUCACUGCUAAGGUGCAGAGCCUACAGCAGAGCUGCCGCCACAUGGAGGCCGAGCUGAAGGAAUUAACUAGUGCCCUGACCACUCCGGAGAUGCAGAAAGAGGUCCAAGAGUUACAGAAGGAAUGUGCCAGCUACACAGAGAGACUGAAGAACAUCAAGGCAGCCACCAACCAUGUGACUCCUGAAGAGAAGGAGCAGGUAUACAGAGAAAGGCAGAAGUACUGUAAGGAGUGGAGGAAGCGGAAGAGGAUGGCAACAGAACUGUCUGAUGCAAUCCUUGAAGGAUACCCCAAGAACAAGAAGCAGUUCUUUGUAAGUGGUACUCUCUCCCUUCCCUCCUCCCUGGGGUCUUUGUCCAGGGAGGUCUCAUUCACUUUUCUCCAUGCCCCACAGGAGGAAGUUGGGAUAGAGACAGAUGAAGAUUACAACGUCACACUUCCAGACCCCUGAAGCCUUCUGGCAGGCCUGGGGGAAAGAAACAGAGAGAUGUCCUGGACUGGCUGCCUCGUGGAGGUUGGCUUUUUUUUUUUCUUUUUUGCUGCUGUUGCUUCUGCUGCUUUCCACCCUUGAGCAAAGCAGGUGGGAGAGGGGCACACCAGAGUGUUGGGUGGCAGGAGGAAGGGCUGGUGGUCCUGAGUGGAUGGUCAUACUGAUUUCAUUGUCCACUUUGCAACUGGUUGAGCUUAACACUUAGACUUAGAACAGUGCAAAAGGGAAACAUUUGACAAUAUUUAUUGUAAUGUAAUUUGGUAUAAAAAUACUUAAUUUCCUCGGGACAGUCAAAAUUCCCAGAUUAUUAAAUGUGAGGAAGGCAGAAGGGAGCUUGGGGGGUGGGGGUGUAGGGAGAGAUUAUUAUUUAUACACCAGCAUUUGAGAAACCCAUGGCUGCAACAAGGACUCUCCUGGCUUGUGCACCCCAGAAGGUCUUUAGCAUAUCUUCUGCACCCCAUCACCUUACCCCCAAGUCUGGGGAGCACUUACAAAAGGUGACGACCCAGAUGAACUUGACAGAGGCUGGGAGUGAUUUUAGUUGAGGCCCAGAUAAUUUUUCAAAAUUGUAACUUUAGCAAAAUUGCAUCGUUGGUAUUUAGAAAAAUAAAAAUGUUAAACUAUGUGAUGCUGUCA